UAAACCCGUCCCUGUGAGUAAGGCUUUGGGUGAAAAUGUCCGUUUCGUGAUCGGAAAUUCAGACAAAUAAAAUAAAAAUUCCCACAAGAACAAAAACCAGUACAGUCCUCGUCGUCGUCUCCGGCACCGGCGAAUAUGAUCCCGCCGGAGCUCCAACCCCGCUCCUUUCGUCCCUACAUCUCCUCCUCAGUCAGCGCUCCUUCCUUCUCCUCCACCCCCUCCUUCAACAAUUUCUCCUCCGAUCCAAACCCUAACCCCUCCGAUGCCGGCCCUUCUUCCCGCAGAUCCCUCAACAACAACAACACUUCUCGCUUCUCUCCGGCCGUCUCCUUCUUCGCUCACAACUCCCUCAUGGCCGUCGCUCUCCUCCCAUGCGCCGCCUUCCUUCUCGACCUCGGCGGCACCCCCGUCGUCGCCACUCUCACCGUGGGCCUCAUGAUCUCCUACAUCCUCGACUCCCUCAACUUCAAGUCCGGCGCCUUCGUCGGAGUCUGGCUUUCUCUCCUCUUCUCCCAGAUCGCCUUCUUCUUCUCUUCCUUCUCUUCUCUCUCCUCCUCCUUCAACUCCCUCCCUCUCUCCUUCCUCGCCGCCUUCCUCUGCGCCCAAACCACCUUCCUCAUCGGCGUCUGGUGCUCUCUCCAGUUCAAAUGGAUCCAAAUCGAGAACCCUAAGUCCAUCGUCCUCGCCCUCGAGCGUCUCCUCUUCGCCUCCCUCCCUUUCCCCGCCGCCGCGCUCUUCACAUGGGCCGCCAUUUGCGCCGUCGGCUUCUCCGCCGCCUCCUCCUACUACCUCAUGGCCUUCAAUUGCCUCUUCUACUGGCUCUAUUCCAUCCCCAGACUUUCCUCCUUCAAGACCAACCACGCGCAAGCCAAGUUCCAUGGCGGCCAGGCUCCCGAUGACUCGUUUAUCCUAGGACCUCUCGAGAGCUGCUUCCACACACUCAAUCUCGUCUUCCUUCCUCUUCUCUUUCACAUCGCCUCCCACCACUCCGUUCUCUUCUCCUCCGCUGCUUCCGUCGCCGACAUUUUCCUUCUCUUCUUCAUUCCCUUCCUUUUCCAGCUCUACGCCUCCACGAGAGGCGCUCUCUGGUGGAUCACCAAGAACGAGCACCAGCUUCACAGCAUUCGCGUCGCCAAUGGCGCCGUCGCGUUGGUCGUUGUGGUUAUUUGCUUGGAGAUCAGAGUGAUUUUCCAUUCGUUUGGGCGCUACAUUCAGGUGCCACCGCCGUUGAAUUACCUUCUCGUGACGACCACAAUGCUGGGAGGGGCGGCCGCGGCUGGGUCGUAUGCUAUGGGAAUGGUUUCUGAUGCUUUCAGCUCGUUGGCUUUCACUGGUUUGGGUGUUGUUGUUAGUGCUGCUGCAGCAAUCGUUGUGGGUUUUCCUUUACUGUUCCUUCCAUUGCCUUGUGUCGCUGGUUUCUACCUGGCUCGUUUUUUCACGAAGAAGAGCCUGCCAUCAUACUUUGCCUUUGUUGUGCUAGGUAGCUUGAUGGUCAUGUGGUUUGUGAUGCAUAAUUUCUGGGAUUUGAAUAUUUGGAUUGCAGGCAUGUCACUGAAAUCCUUUUGUAAACUGAUAACUGCGAACGUUGUCCUGGCGAUGGCCGUUCCUGGUCUUACCAUUCUCCCUUCAAAAUUUCACUUCUUAACUGAGGUUGGUUUAAUCAGUCAUGCAUUGCUGCUUUGCCAUAUUGAGAACCGUUUUUUCAAUUACUCUGGUAUAUAUUACUAUGGCUUUGAGGAUGAUGUGAUGUAUCCAAGCUACAUGGUUAUUGUGACAACUUUCGUGGGCGUGGCUCUCACAAGAAGACUAUCCGUGGAUCAUAGGAUUGGUCCAAAGGCAGUUUGGAUAUUGACAUGCCUGUAUAUGUCCAAGCUGGCUAUGUUGUUUAUUACAUCAAAAUCUGUUGUAUGGGUGUCUGCUCUCCUCUUAUUGGCCGUUUCUCCGCCACUACUUCUGUACAGGGAUAAGUCGAGAACAACCUCAAAGAUGAAACCUUGGCAAGGUUAUGCACAUGCUAGUGUUGUUGCGCUAUCUGUCUGGUUUUGCCGCGAAACAAUCUUUGAAGCCCUCCAAUGGUUGAACGGGAGACCUCCAUCUGAUGGCUUACUCUUGGGCUUCUGUAUUGUCUUGACUGGGUUGGCUUGUGUACCCAUAGUUGCAUUGCAUUUCUCUCAUGCCCUGUCUGCUAAGAGAUGCCUAGUGCUGAUAGUUGCAACAGGUCUGCUGUUUAUUCUCAUGCAACCUCCUAUUCCUCUGUCAUGGACUUAUCGGUCUGACCUAAUUAAAGCUGCGCGACAAUCUGCUGAUGACAUCUCCAUAUAUGGCUUUGUGGCACCAAAGCCUACAUGGCCGGCAUGGCUGCUUAUUGUUGCAAUUCUGCUUACACUGGCAGCUGUUACAUCCGUCAUACCAAUUAAAUACAUGGUUGAGUUUAGAGUGUUCUACUCCAUAGCUAUGGGCAUUGCUUUGGGUGUUUACAUUUCUGCUGAGUACUUCCUCCAGGCAGCUGUCCUCCAUGCCCUAAUUGUCGUGACCAUGGUGUGCACCUCAGUCUUUGUGGUCUUUACUCAUUUCCCUUCUGCCUCUAGCACAAAGCUCCUGCCAUGGGUGUUUGCUCUACUUGUGGCUCUCUUUCCAGUGACAUAUCUUCUAGAGGGCCAAGUGAGAAUUAAAAGCAUAUUUGAGGAUGGUGGAGUUGGAGAAAUGGGAGAAGAAGACAAGAAGCUCACCACUCUUCUAGCAGUUGAGGGAGCGAGGACAUCUCUUCUUGGUCUAUAUGCUGCAAUAUUUAUGCUUAUAGCUCUGUUGAUAAAGUUUGAACUUGCUUCGCUGUUGCGUGAAAAAGUUGCGGAAAGGAGUGGAGUUAGACACACUCAACCCGGUCAAAGCACGUCUGCUAGUUUUCCUGCAAGAAUGAGAUUCAUGCAGCAUCGACGUGCCACAACUGUGUCCAACUUCACAAUCAAGAGGAUGGCCACUGAGGGAGCCUGGAUGCCGGCGGUUGGUAACGUUGCUACCAUAAUGUGCUUUGCCAUAUGCCUAAUCUUGAAUGUGAAUCUCACAGGUGGCUCAAACCGUGCAAUAUUCUUCCUGGCACCUAUUUUGCUACUGCUCAACCAGGACUCCGAUUUUGUAGCUGGAUUUGGGGACAAACAAAGAUAUUUUCCGGUGACUGUAGUGAUAUCUGCGUACUUAGUGGUGACGGCGUUGUACAGCAUAUGGGAAGAUGUCUGGCAUGGGAAUGCAGGCUGGGGCUUGGAAAUUGGUGGGCCAGAUUGGUUCUUUGCCGUCAAGAAUUUGGCUCUCCUCAUUCUGACAUUCCCCAGCCACAUCCUUUUCAACAGGUUUGUGUGGAGUUACACGAAGCAAACCGACUCGACACCACUGAUAACUCUGCCUCUUAAUUUACCAUCUGUGAUAAUAACAGAUGUGCUGAAAAUUAGGAUAUUGGGGCUCUUAGGGAUAAUUUAUGCUCUGUCCCAGUAUCUAAUCUGUAGACAACAGUAUCUCUCAGGGUUAAAGUAUAUUUAGACAACACAUCAUACUCUACAAACUGUACAAUAGAUUUUCCAAUAUUUCAGGAGAGGUGAAAGAAAGUUGAGGUUUUGUCGCUUGCUUGCUUUUUCUCAGACUGUCAAUUUGUUUGGGCUUUAGCGGUGGAACCAACCAGUACCCUUUUGAGUUUUAUAGCGAGAUACUACUCUGAGACUUUCUAAUAUGUGAAAGAAAUGUGAAUUGCCCUUCAACUUCAAAAAUAUAUUUGAUGGUUGCUCAA